ACUGGAGUAUUCUGCUGAGCAGGAGGAACUUGCAGUCCCUCAGCAGGCGACUGAAGGAGACGUGCAGGAUGUGCGGCAUAUCUGCUGCUGACACUCCCAGCAUCCUUAGCGCCUGCUUAGUUGCCAUGGAGCCUCAAGGUUCCUUUGUGAUUAUGCCAGACUCAGUGUCGACAGGCUCCGUGUUUGGUCGAAGCACCACCCUUAACAUGCAAACAUCGCAGCUGAGCACCCCUCAGGAUACAUCCUGCACACACAUACUGGUAUUCCCCACGUCAGCCAUGGUGCAGGUCAACACUAACACUUCAGAGCCCAUCGACAUCGACACCUUUAACCCAAUAAAUCCCGAUGGAUCAGAGGGAAUGAACAUCUUUGAUUUGUUUGAACAAGACAUGGAUCCAGACUUCAUCAACAUCCUGCCCAACUCCCCCACAACCUCCCCUGUUCACUCCCCGGGCCCCCAAGGGGGAGAUGGAAGCAAGGGUCAGAGUACAGAUCGGAUGGAGUCUCACGAAGAAGCGCUCAACAUCUUGCAGCAGCCGAUGGCUUUGGGUUACUUUGUCUCCACAGCGAAGGCCGGACCGCUGCCCGACUGGUUCUGGUCAGCCUGCCCCCAAGCCAAGAACCAGUGCCCACUCUUUCUCAAGGCCUCUCUUCACCUGCACGUGUCUUCUGUCCAAUCAGAUGAGCUUCUGCACAGUAAACACUCCCACCCCCUGGACUCUAACCACACCUCUGAUGUGCUCAG